UCUCGACUUCGCUUCAUCCUGCGUUUUCAAUUUUCUCUUCUUACAUUGACAAAAUCACAAAAAAGAACGCACCUUGCAUUCAUUCUUUCUCUACAAUGGCGGAUGCUAAGACAAAGUUCGAAUCUUUUAGGGAAUGGAUUGUUGAACACAAGCUUAGAACCGUUGGGUGUUUAUGGCUUAGUGGGAUCACGGGCUCUAUCGCUUACAAUUGGACUCAGCCCAAUAUGAAAACCAGCGUCAAGAUCAUUCAUGCUAGGUUGCAUGCUCAGGCUCUUACUCUGGCUGCAUUAGCCGGUGCUGCAGUAGUUGAAUACUAUGACCACAAAUCUGGACAGAAGGCUGAGCGAUAUGCGAAGUUCCUCCCAGCUGAUGCCUACUCACACAAGGACUAAAUAAAUAACCUUUUGUUC